GUCCGCAUGCAGGGACAGGGACGUUCGGGCGUGUGCAGCUAGUCCAGGAGAAGACGAGCAAGCAUUUCUUCGCCCUGAAGGUGAUGACCAUCCCCGAUAUCAUCCGCCUGAAGCAGGAGCAGCACGUCCACAACGAGAAGUCGGUGCUCAAGGAAGUCAACCACCCGUUCCUGGUCAAACUGUUCUGGACAGGCCAUGACGACCGCUUCCUGUACAUGUUGAUGGAGUUCGUGCCGGGCGGCGAGCUCUUCAGCUACCUGCGGAACCGCGGCCGCUUCACCAGCAACACCGGGCUGUUCUACGCGGCCGAGAUCGUCUGCGCCAUCGAGUACCUGCACGCCCGGGACAUCGUCUACAGGGACCUGAAGCCGGAGAACAUCCUGCUAGACAGGGACGGCCACGUCAAGCUCACCGACUUCGGGUUCGCCAAGAAGCUGGUGGACAAGACGUGGACCCUCUGCGGGACCCCCGAGUACCUGGCCCCCGAGGUCAUUCAGAGCAAGGGCCACGGCCGAGCGGUGGACUGGUGGGCGCUCGGCAUCCUGAUAUUCGAGAUGCUCUCGGGGUUUCCUCCGUUUUUCGAUGACAACGCCUUUGGCAUUUAUCAGAAGAUUCUUGCUGGCAAGAUAGACUUCCCCAGACAUUUGGAGUUCACUGUCAAAGACCUCAUCAGGAAACUGCUUGUUACCGACAGAACAAGGAGACUGGGAAACAUGAAGAACGGAGCCGAGGACGUCAAACAGCACCGCUGGUUCCGGCUCGUGGACUGGGGCGCGGUCCCCGAAAGGAAGCUGAAGCCCCCCAUUGUCCCCAAGCUGUGCGGUGAAGACGACACCUCCAACUUCGAAGCGUAUCCUGAGAACGACUGGGCUUCUGCCCCGCCGGUGUCACAGAAGGAGCUGGAUGUCUUCAAGAAUUUCUGAGCUUGGGACUCCCCUGCCUGGAAGACACAGGGUGAUCUGAGCCUGCCCGGACACACAGUGGCCCCCGCGGGUGGGGGUCGGCCCCCAUGGCCGACCCGAGGAAGCAUCUUCUUCUUGGAGUGAGGAUGUUUCUGCCUUUGUGUACGCCCGGAUGUGUAUAAAGAGAUUGCAGAUCUGUUGACGUUCGUGGCCCUGGAAUUAUUUAAUCUACUGGAAAUCUACUGCACAGUAGGACACUUUGAACAUUUUGAUUGGUUGUAGGUUUUCUGCUUUUUACUGUUGUGUGUUCCUACUGGGAUAUCUUGGUUUCGUUUUUUGUUUUUUUUUUCCCUCAUAGACUUGACUUUUUACGUUUGAGCUGAACUUGUUCAGAUUUAACCACAAAUUGUGUGUGUGUGUGUGUGUGCGCGUGUUUGCUCAUGUCUGUGUAUAAAAAAGGCGGUAUGCUUGGAGCACAGAAAUUGUGUAGUGAUGUACAUGUUCCUACUUUCCAGAGAUUAUAUUUAUGUUUCAGA